UGGAGGGCGCUCUACGCUCUCUUUGCGCUAAACUGCAGCAUGCCAUGCAUGCUGACCAGCCAGAUUUCUCAAAAAGAAAUAGGCUAAAACUUUGAUGUAGACUGGUAGUGGUUGUGUUCUUAUUCCUCCAUGGUUGAUUUGACUUUUGCAAAGCCCGAAAAUUAAUUGAACUAUAUGAUGAUGUUGCUGAAUAUUUUGUCAAGAUCUUCACUGGGACGCGCAUCUGUCAUAGUGAGGCAUUUACGUCCUUCAUGUGCAGCGAUGUCAACAUCCGCGUCCACAGAUGAAGACGUCCUGUUUGACAACGUGGACACAAAAUGUCUGGUCACACUGAAUCGACCCAAAGCCCUCAACGCAUUGAACUUAUCCAUGGUCAGGAAGAUAACUCCCAAACUGAAGGAAUGGGCAGCUGAUCCCAAGAUCAGUAUGGUGAUCAUCAAAGGAGCUGGGGAUAAGGCUUUCUGUGCAGGAGGGGAUAUCAAAGCUGUAACGGAACUUGGCAAGCUUGGUGAUCCCAUGGCAGUGAGUUUCUUUAGGGAGGAGUACAUCCUUAACAAUACCAUCGCCACCCUGCCAAUACCGUAUGUGGCACUCAUUGAUGGGAUCACUAUGGGCGGAGGUGUGGGACUGUCUGUCCACGGCCUCUUCAGAGUAGCCACAGAGAAGACUCUCUUUGCCAUGCCUGAGACGGCUAUCGGUCUGUUCCCUGACGUUGGAGGUGGGUACUUCUUACCCAGACUACGAGGCAAGCUGGGGCUGUUCCUUGCCUUGACGGGGUACCGACUGAAAGGACGAGAGGUCCAGUUGGCUGGGGUAGCUACACACUUUGUGGAAUCAAACAGGAUAACAGAAUUGGAGGAUAGAUUACUUGCAUUACCAAGUCCCAGCCAGUCUGACAUUGUACAGCUGCUAGAUAGAUACCAGAGUGAGAGUCAGUUAGGCGCAGACAAGCCCUUUUCCUUGGAGUCACACAUGGACAACAUCAAUAGACUGUUUAGUGGUAGUUCUGUGGAGGAAAUCUUGCAGGCCCUUGAGACCGAUGGCUCAGAGUGGGCAAUCAAGCAAUUGGAGAUUUUGAAGAAGAUGUCUCCAACUUCCAUGAAAAUCACCCAUCGUCAGCUGACACUAGGAGCCAAUAUGAGCCUACAAGAAGUCCUACCCAUGGAAUUACGCAUUGCACAUGGCUGCGUGAGAGGCAAUGAUUUCUAUGAAGGAGUCCGUUCUGUGUUAGUGGAAAGGGACAACAAUCCCCAGUGGAAUCCAAACACAGUAGAAGGCGUGACAGAGGACAUCUUAGAUGAUCACUUCCGUCAUCUUGGUGACAAGGAAUUAGUUUUAUAGAAGAUCAGAUGGAUUCAGAGUAACUAGAAUUUUUUUUAUGAUUGUGUGCCACAAGAAGAAUUAUAUAUGUACAAAGAAAAUUACGUUUUUUAAUGAUUUAAGGUUAGAAUGGUUGACAAUGCUUUGAUCUCUUUGAUGAGCUCAUGCCUGCAUUAAGGGUUCAAAAUUAAAAUGUAAAUGAUGCAGAAAAUCUGGGAAAAUUAAGGUAGGACGAUAUCCCAAGACUUCAUUGCAUUAUAAGUUGCAUUUUAAUUCAAAUCUUGUGGCAACUGACCUAUCGCCUAUGAGUUAGCCACGCCCCUUAGACAACCCUAUGGCAUUUUUGCACGUAAAGUUUUGUUUGUUUCUGAUGUUGCACGUUCUGCGUCCAUGCGUAUAUCAUGUAAUUGGACAAUAUUUCACAAGCUGUGUGAUGCAAUUCUACCGCGAUAUGUCAAUUUAUCUUAACUAAUGCCAGAAGUAGGGGAACUAUUUGCUCAAUUUGGGGAGCAUUACUCAGUCAUAGCCUCUGUGUAAGAAAGGUAAUGGAGCUGUGAUGCCUACCAGCGGCGCAGCCAGGGUUUUCAUUCUAGAGGGCCGAGAUGUUACAGUGGAGCGGUCCCAAUUUCAUCCGUGCUCAAAGGUACACAGGUUUUUUUUUACCCGACACCUGGCCACCGUAAAAUCAAAUUGGAGGGGGGGGGGGGGCUGGACUGGACACCAUCUCUCGAUGGGGGCGCUGUUCAAAACACCGAAUUCAUGGCCAUUGUCGGACAAUAGGUAUCACUACAGUGUAUACGCAUUCCACGGGCUGUUAAAAUAAGCAGCCAAUCGCUAAAAAAAGUUUUCGCCUACAAAAAAUUCAAAAA